AACCUACAUAUUUUGUCCCUUUCUUGACCUUAAACUCCAGGUUUUUCACUGCUACACAUGAGAUAGAUUCGUCGACAGACUAGAUUGACAUACAAACCUCAGUAUAAAUUUCUCAGUCAAUUGUUUUAUUUCGCUUAAUUCAAUGUUCUUUGGAUAAAACAAACUGUAUUUGAAUAUUUUAUAUAAAGUUGAAGGUUGUGAUGAUAUUAAUUCAAUAGCCUGCUUUGAAAAAUAAUAUUUUAUACUUCAUUCAUGCCGUGUCUAGGUAGUGGCACACUUUCGCAGUUCCUUGUUCUAACAGUGUUGCAAAAAUUGGUGAAUACAUUAAAACUGUUUCAGUGAAAAAUGUGAAUUGUAGUGAUUGUACCUAUGAAGCGAUUUUAACUAUAUUUUGUGAUUGUGAACGAGUGAAAAAUGUGUUUUCGUAAAAAGCGCAUCAGGUCCUAAGUUCAAUUAAAUUAUUGCAAAUCUGCAAUUCUGCACACGACACCAGCGAUUCUAAAUCACAAUGUAAUAAAUGUAUAUACAUAUAAAACAGUGUAGCACCGCUUUCAGUGUUAAAUAACGAAAGAAACUAAUAUUGCUUAGUAAAUGCUUCAAAUUAUGUGUCACAUAACAGCGAGCGAGAAGCAUGGCGGAGGAACAGGCGUGCCUCGUGCGCGCUCGCUCUGACUCCGACUCGCCCAAGAGCUUCGGGUCCAUAGCUCGCACCAUGGCCUACACAGAGGACAGACUGACUGAUGGCACCGGCGAGCCAGGUACAGUCAGCAUGACAGUGAACCCCCCUGAACCCAUGGACAAUGAGAGUGGCGAGCUCAUAGACUAUAGCGACACCAGUGCUUUAGACCAGUUCCACGAAGACGCGUUACGACAGGCCGGCUGCGGUAUAGCCCAACUGAAGGUGUACCUAGCAUGCAGCCUAGCGCUCGCCGGCGCGACCCUAGAACUUUCAGCAGUACCCUUUGUGUUACCCUCGUGUGAGAUCGAGCUAUGCAUACUGCCACACGAGAAGAACUGGCUUGUGCUGAUCAGCCUGGUGGGCGGGUCGCUGGGCGGCCUGGGCUGGGGCGCGCUGGGCGGGCGGCUGGGGCGGCGGCGCGCGCUGGUGUCGGCGCUGGCGGUCAACGCCGUGUUCGCCGCCGUCGCCGCCUUCAUGCCCACCUACGGCACCUUCAUGAUGGCCCGAUUCUGUUCCGCCAUCGGCUCAGGCGGUCUAGUACCGACAUGCUACUCAUACUGCUACGAAGUCUCCCCGCGGCCGCACCGCCGCCGCCUGCUGUCCAUAUUGGUCAUCGCUCACGGCGUGGGAGCGCUACUAGCGGCCGCUCUCGCACAUGCAGUGCUGCCGCCUACUGGCGCUGACGCUUUGUUAGACGAUAAGGAGCAUUUCUCUGCGUGGCACAGGUAUUUGCUGUUAUGUACGCUGCCAAUCCUCGCUUCGCUCGUGUCUCUGAUAUGGACGCAGGAAUCGCCGCGGUACUUACUAGAUGUUCGCAGGGAAGUCGACGCCAUGCUUGUUUAUCAGAGCAUCCACAGCAGCAACCAGGCGGGCUGGUGCUUGUCGGGCGCCGCCGAGUACCGCGCGGGCGCGCUGCAGCUGCCGCCCAAGCGCCCCGCCGCCAUACACCACGUCAGGCACACUGUCAAAAUGUUCUGGCUCGCCUUCUUCCAGCUGUUUUCUUGCGCGUACAGGAACACCACGUUUUCGCUCGGCGGGGUGAUGCUGUUCUCCAUGGCUAUACAGUUCUUCCUAGCCUCCCACAUACCGUCAGCCGUACUAUCCAUAGAAAACCAAGAAUUUGAAGCGUCGAAAGUGAUAAUCGAAAACACGACAUACGAGAACCGGCACUUCAACGAAACUCUCGAAAAUGUCGAAUAUAGAAACGUGACGUUCAAUAAAUGCACUUUUAGAGAUAUGAUGUUAUCUCACGCGGCGUUUAGGAAUUGCUCAUUCUACGAUGUGGCGUUUUCUAAUAUCAAGACUUCUUAUGCGUACUUCACUGGGUCGCUGUUUGUCAAUACUACCAUAAUCGACACGGACAUAACAGUGGGCCGCGAGAUAGACGCGUGGUCGGAACUGCGCAACACGAUCAUACGAGGCAUGCGGCUCGCCUGCCUCCGCGAGGCACCUCUCACGUGGCGGCUGGCCGGGGCGUUGAGGGAGCAGGCACAUGCGGCGCUGGCUACUAUACUAGCUGGCUUAUUUGCCGCCAUAUUUGCCCCGACGCUGGCAUUAAGCGGGAAAUUUUCACCAAAAGUGAUCCUGUGCGUGAUAUGCGUGUUCCUGUCCCCCUCUAUCUGCGUGGUGCAGAGCGAGACGGCGCUGUACGUGGUGGAGGCGGUAUACAGGGUGUUCCUCACGCUGGUGUUCUACGUGGCGUGCGUGGGGAUCGUCGACUCGUAUCCUGCUAACUUGAGGUUAUGCGUGUUCCUGUCCCCCUCUAUCUGCGUGGUGCAGAGCGAGACGGCGCUGUACGUGGUGGAGGCGGUAUACAGGGUGUUCCUCACGCUGGUGUUCUACGUGGCGUGCGUGGGGAUCGUCGACUCGUAUCCUGCUAACUUGAGAUGCACAGCGCUUGGGUUGAUAAUGUCGGUGGCGUACAUGGGCGGCGCCGUGGUGCGCGGGCUGUGGGCGCUG